GAUGGCGCCGCCAUUUUGAUCUGGUGAGGUGGGGGUGCGGAGAUCCUAGCUGUCCUAGCAUUUUCAUUUCAUUAAAUACGAAUAUUUUCUAAGUGUUUGUAAUACCCAAAGAAAUUGAACGAGCGUGAUUAAUUAGUUUCCCAUAUUGGUGUCGUGACUAUAUGACUGCUCAAAAGUGGAAGUGUUUAUGUGUUUUUGGAUAAGGAAGCUUGUUGGACUGGAAAACUAGCAGCGUGGCUCCGUGUGCUUCCCUUUGUUUCUACCAAGGUCGUCUUGAUGCAUAACGAUGGCCCUAGCUUUCACCCGCGACAGGUAACCUAAAAGGUCGUCGAGACAGCGGUGACCAUCCGGAUCAGCAGAUAGUGCGGCCACACCGACCGAGGCGGAGAAAGCAGGCUAGCCGAGAGCCGAGCCGAGCCGAGUGUCGACGAGUGUGCUUCCUAGUGCGGUGCAAAGUGGAGUCCGGUGGCGACGAUAGUGGGGCGGUGCUGUGCGUGGGUGUGUCCCGUGCGGUGCACGUGUCGCUAGUUUGGUAGUGUUCGUUCGUGGAUCGAUGGACAAGAGGAAAAUGAUGCCAAAAAGGCCUCGGUUCGAGACUCGCGGUCCCAUCUCCAACGGGCCGAUGCAGACGCGGCCGCUCGUCGCGCUGCUCGACGGCCGCGACUGCUCCAUCGAGAUGCCCAUUCUCAAGGACGUCGCGACGGUGGCGUUCUGCGACGCGCAGAGCACCAGCGAGAUACACGAGAAGGUGCUGAACGAGGCGGUCGGCGCGCUCAUGUGGCACACCAUCAUCCUCACCAAGGAGGACCUCGAGAAGUUCAAGACUCUGCGGAUCAUAGUGCGGAUCGGCAGCGGCGUGGACAAUAUAGAUGUGAAGGCGGCUGGGGAGCUGGGGAUAGCGGUGUGCAAUGUGCCGGGAUACGGGGUCGAAGAGGUGGCCGAUACGACGCUCUGCUUGAUACUCAACCUCUACAGGCGGACCUUCUGGCUGGCGAACAUGGUCAGGGACGGCAAGAAGUUCACGGGUCCCGAACAGGUGCGAGAAGCGGCCCAGGGAUGCGCCCGGAUACGCGGCGACACGCUCGGCAUUGUCGGCCUCGGCCGCAUCGGCUCGGCGGUGGCGCUGCGAGCGAAAGCGUUCGGCUUCAACGUCAUCUUCUACGACCCCUACCUGCCCGACGGCAUCGAGAAGAGCCUCGGCCUGACCAGGGUGUACACGCUACAGGACCUCCUCUUCCAGUCCGACUGCGUCUCGUUGCACUGCACGCUCAAUGAGCACAACCACCAUCUGAUCAACGAGUUCACCAUCAAGCAGAUGAGACCGGGGGCGUUCCUAGUCAAUACAGCGCGAGGCGGCUUGGUGGACGACGAGGCGCUGGCGCAGGCGCUGAAGCAGGGCCGCAUCCGCGCCGCCGCGCUCGACGUGCACGAGAACGAGCCGUACAACGUGUUCGCCGGGCCGCUCAAGGACGCGCCGAACCUGCUAUGCACGCCGCACGCCGCCUUCUACAGCGACGCGUCGGCCACUGAGUUGCGCGAGAUGGCCGCCAGCGAGAUCAGGCGGGCGAUCAUGGGCCGGAUACCGGAGUGCCUGAGGAAUUGCGUCAACAAGGAGUACUUCAUGGGGCCGGGCUCCUAUCCCGAAGUUUCCCCGGCCGGAGUGAACGGCGGCUACUAUCAGGGCGGCGCGCUGCCCGUCCAACAGGCGCACUCGACCACCCCGCACGAGGCGCCGCACACGGUGACGCCGAGCGCGCAGGCGCCGCCGACGCCCCAGCCGGCCCAGCCGCCUGUCGGACCUGUCCCCGUGCCGCCGCACGCUAUACCGAUGAGUACUCCAGACCCAACAAACCACCAUGCACCAAAACCAGAGUCAUCGGAGGUGCAUUAACGGCGUCUCAAUCAAGUUAAGAUUUUUCAUAUUGGGCUGGAAAAUGCUGCGAAUGUGUGACAUGCAUGUUGAAUCCUGUUAUAUGUUCUUAUUUUUUUCGACUCUUCAAGGUAUACAUAUCGUGGAAUAAAAAAGGGGAAUUUUACUUUCUACAUCACAGUACUCGAAAAUUUGCCUUAUUAUUUAGAAGAACGGCCUGCCUGUAAACCUCAGUUCUUAUAAUUUAGUUAGCAUAGGGUUUUUAUUUGUAUGUAUUUUUUAAUGUGAAUCAAAGUAUUUAUGUAUAUAAGCAUUCUGUCUGAUUUUAAAACACGUAUGAAAAACUAUUAUUAUUUACUUGAAAAAUUGUGAUUCUUCGAACUAGGUUUUCAGAUGGCAGAGAACUGAGAACAAAAAGGAAAACACAUAGUUUUUGGAAUGUAUUAGCUUGAAAUCAUUCAUCAUUUUUGUUCCCUCUCAUUUUAAUUUUCUUCUCUUUUUGUAUCAUUUAGUCUGCACAAUAACAUUAUUGUACAUCCAUAUUUUUAUUGGUGUCUUGAUAUGAAUUGCUUGAAAAAUCCUCUCUUUUACAUUAAUUUUAACAAAUCAAUUUCAAGCUACCAUGUAAUAGACUAUAAUAUUAGUUUUAAUAAGAAGUUUUUAAUUACCAAGUGCAUUAUUCGAAAGGAAACUGAGCCAGCGCAGUUUAUUUUCUCCCUAGUUAAAAAAUAGUAACUAUAUUUUAAGGUUUAUUUCUCAAAAUUAUAUCUGUAUAAAUCAUUUAUUUAGACGAUUCUGCAAUGUUGUAUGAAUGGAUAAUAGCCCAAACAAUUUAUGUUAAGAAUUUUUAGAAAGAAUAAAAACUACUAUAAUUAUAUGAAGAUAUAUUCUGAAGAGAUAUUUGUUCAAAGCAACCAGUGAAGAUUAAGAAGUGGACUUAAAAAUAAUUCUAAGGUGAAGUGAGGUAUUGAUUAAUUUCGUAUCUGUAGAAUAAAUAGUGAUAUUUGUGACUAAUUUCAGUAAUGUACAUUAUGCUUAGGAAUUAUUGCGUAUUUUUGUUUCCCUUCUAUUUUCUCUUUCCAUCUAUAUUCAGACAUUCCAGAUAUUCAACUAGCAUAAAAAUAAUAUUAGCAGAGACAAAACAGUUGAGGUGUACUAUUUGCUCAGUAUAUUUUUGUAAAAGUCACUUUUUUAUGCAAUUUAAAAAUGGUAGAAAAUGGUUCACCAACUCUGCAUUUAAUAAUAUUGAAAACGUAAAGAAACCUCCUUUCUGUGAAAUCAGAUUGAAUAAAAGUACGCAAUAAUCCUCCCCUUAUACAGAAGACAACACAAUAGAACAGCAUGUGAAAUUGUAGGGCUAUUGGACUUCCACAAAAUUUUGAAAUAAAUAUCCGAAAUUU